AUGGAUCAUUCAAGUUCUGCCUCGGCCAGUGCCAGUAAUAGUGCCACUGCUGCUACUAGUGCUUCUGAUGCCAAUGAAUUAUUAGAUAAACCCUUAUGGAAAUAUGUUACCAGAAUAGAUGCUAUAGUGGAAGAGGAGGAAAUUUAUCUUGGCUGUAAAGGAAUUGGGAAAUGCUUAAUGGUGCAAAACAGAGAUCUGAUAGAGAUGGAGAAAUUAGAACAAGAAGCUGACCAGAUAAAGCAAUCUAAUGCACCCAUAAAAGUACCUUUACCUCCUUCUAGCUCUUCCACGUGCCCAAAAAAAAGAAAAACUACAGGUUCUCUUGAGAUGGCAUUUAAUGUUGGGGAGCGAGAAGAAUUAAAUUACCUGAUUGCUAGAAUGUUUUAUUCAGCAGGAUUGCCAUUCAAUCUGGCAAAGAACCCUUACUUCCAAGCUUCGUAUACUUAUGCAGCAAAUCAUAAUAUUGGAGGUUAUUUGCCACCGGGAUAUAACUCACUGCGAACCACUGUGUUGCAAAAGGAGAAAGAAAAUAUUGAUAAGUUGUGUGAACCUAUUCGAGAGUCUUGGGCUCAUAAAGGGGUGAGUAUUGUAAGUGAUGGGUGGAGUGAUUCACAAAGGAGGCCACUCAUUAAUUUCAUGGCAGUAUCUGAUGGUAGAGCAAUGUUUUUAAAAUCAGUUGAUUGUUCGGGGGAGAUAAAGGAUAAAAAUUUCAUUUUCAGUUUGUUUGAACUUUUGUAUUCUAUUUAUGUGUUUAUUUUCUCGAGGGAGACUAAUGAUAAAAAUAUCAUUUUCAGGUUGCUAAAGGAAGUUAUUCAAGAAGUAGGAGAGGCGAAUAUGGUUCAAGUAAUCACAGAUAAUGCUGCAAAUUGUAAGGGAGCAGGGCAACUUAUUGAGCAGGAAUUCCCAACUAUUACUUGGACACUGUGUGUUGUUCACGCAUUGAAUUUGGCUGUGAAAAAUAUUUGUGUUGCAAAGAAUGUGGAGAGCAAUCAAAUAACGUAUGAGGAAUGCAGCUGGAUUUAUGAUAUUGUAGGUGAUGUUGCUGCAAUAAAGCAUUUCAUUAUGAAUCAUUCUAUGAGAUUGGCCAUCUUUAAUGAGUUUGUGAGUUUGAAGUUGCUUUCUAUUGCUAAUACUUGUUUUGCUUCAAUGAUUGUGAUGCUGAAGAGAUUCAAGUUAAUAAAGAGCGGUCUUCAAAAUAUGGUGAUAAGUGAAAAAUGGAAUAUUUAUAGAGAUGAUAAUCUUGGGAGGGCCAGACAUGUGAAGGAAAAACUAUUGGAUGAUUGUUUUUGGGAUUCAGUUGAUUACAUACUUGCAUUCACUGCUCCUAUUUAUGAUAUGAUCAGAGCUUGUGACACUGAUAGAUCUUGUCUUCACUUGAUAUAUGAUAUAUUGGAUGCAAUGAUUGUGAAAGUGAAGAAAGCUAUAUACCAUAAAGGGGGGAAGAGGAUGGAAGAGAGCUCCUCUUUUUAUGAUGUGGUGCAUCGCAUUCUUGUGGAUCGUUGGACAAAAAACUCAACUCUACUACACUGUUUGGCACAUGCUUUGAAUCCCAAAUACUAUAAUAGUCAACAAUGGCUUCAGGAAGAUUCUAGUCGAGUUCCUCCACACAUGGAUUUAGAGCUUACUCAAGAGCGACAAAAAUGUUUAAGGAGAUUCUUUCCUAGCAUGGAGGAUCGAAGCAGGAUUAGUUUGGAGUAUGCAGAUUUUAUUAGCAAUAGUGAAACCUUUGACGAUUUUGAUGCCAUCAAUACUCAAUACACUAUGGAUUCGAAAUCUUGGUGGCUACUUUAUGGUACCUUUACACCGAUGCUUCAAAAAAUAGCAUUGAGACUUGUGCAACAACCCUCCUCUUCAUCAUGUGCUGAACGCAAUUGGAGUACUUAUUCUUUUGUGCAUUCCAUCAAGAGGAAUAAAAUCACUCCAAAACGUGCUGAAGACUUGGUUUAUGUGCAUAGCAACCUUCGACUCUUAUCAAGAAAGACUCCUAGUUAUGCACAAGGAACAAAUCAAACGUGGGAUAUUGCUGGAGAUACAUUCGAUUCACUUGAUGAUAUUGGAAAUCUUCAAUUUGCUAGCCUUUCACUUGAUGAGCCAGAGAUAGAGGCCAUGAUUAUUGAAGAUGGAGAUGAAAAUAAUUGA